GAUUUAAUAACAAUUUUUACUUAAUAUUUGGCAACCAAAUACUGGUAUCUAUAUAUAUUAUGCAAAAACACCAUGUGAUUUUGAAAUCUUUACUUAUCAGGGUUUUGUUGCUCAUUUAAAUUAAAAAAAAAAAGAAUAUCAACGUAGUCUAUAAUUCCAUGAUAUUUUAUAACCUAUGCGGCGCAAGUAUUUACCAGGUCUGAUAAAUUGAUGCUGCAAUAUUUUGUAUUAGUAAAUAUUGACUUUUGUAUUGAUUUAUUAUAAAAUCCUAUUUAUUAAAUUGUCAUAAAACAAAUACUAAACAGCAAUAAUGAUAAAAAAUGGUGCAUUGAAAUUAAGUACUGGAAAUAGUAGUCCAGUUACUACCUUUAAAUAUUUAUCAGUAAAAGCUUCUGGUACAGGUCCUAUUGCUGAACCUACACUUCCUCAACAACCUCAACCUCAACCCCAACCCCAACCCCAACCUCAACCAGAUUCUAAACCUAUGGUUGAAAUUCCAGUACCUCAAAGGAAUGCAUCUACGCACAAACAAAUGCCACAAGUGGAAGAUGAUGUACUUGUUAAAGAAAUUGGAAAUGCAGGUAUUAUAACAUUAAAUCGACCUAAAGCCUUGAAUGCUUUAAAUUUGUCAAUGGUUGAAAAAAUAUAUCGUGAACUCAAAAAAUGGGAAACAUCUAAAAAAUUAGUAAUAGUAGAGUCAGCCAGUGAGAAGGCAUUUUGUGCUGGAGGUGAUGUAAAAGGUAUUGCUGUUGCCUUACAAGAAAAUAAUAAUAAAUUAGGUGAAGCAUUUUUUAGGAAAGAAUAUACCUUAAAUUACCUAAUUGGUACGUAUAAGCUACCAUAUAUAGCUGCAAUAAAUGGAAUUACUAUGGGUGGUGGAGUUGGAUUAUCUAUCCAUGGUAAAUAUCGAAUUGCAACAGAGAAAACAUUUUUUGCAAUGCCUGAGACAGCAAUAGGUCUUUAUCCUGAUGUUGGGGGAUCGUAUUUCUUACCUAGAUUGGAAGGCAAGUUAGGCCUCUAUCUUGGAUUAACUGGAGAUCGAUUGAAAGGAGCUGAUGUGUUAUUUGCUGGGAUUGCAACACAUUUUGUGCCUUCUGAGAAAUUAUCAGAUUUAAGACAAGAUUUAUUAGUAACUGAUACAUCUAAUAUUAAUAAUGUCUUAAAUAAAUAUCAACCUGAGAAAUUCGAUCAGGAAUUUAGCUUAGCACCACACAUGGAAAAAAUUAAUAAGUGUUUUUCUGCUCCUUCUGUAGAAGAAAUAGUAAAAAGAUUGAAGGAGGAUAAUUCAGAAUGGGCAGAAAAAACAUUAGGAAUGCUGUUAAAAGCAUCUCCCACUUCCCUGAAAAUGACUAUGUGUGCAAUUCAGAAAGGAGCUGCAUUAACAUUAGCAGAUUGCUUAAAGAUGGAAUUUAGGUUAUCAAAUGCUGUUCUGCAUAAAAACAGCGAUUUUUAUGAAGGUGUUAGAGCUCUUUUAAUUGAUAAAGAUCAAAAACCAAACUGGAAUCCAAAGAGCUUAGAUGAAGUAACAGAUACUUAUAUAAAUCAAAUAUUUGCCAAAUCACCAGAGAAAGGAGAAUUGUCACUUUAAAAUACUAUUAAAACCUAAAGGAAAUUAUACAACCAAAACAUAUUUUAGAUACCAAAUUAUAUUUUAUUUCUAUAAAAUAAUGAAAAGAAAAAACACUAUAUAAGUACUUGCAAUUACUAUAUUAAUAUAUAAAAAAAUUCAUUUCUAAAAUUUUUAUUUUUCGGUCCUUAUUUAAAAUCAAGUGUACAUAAACAGUUCUAUAUACUUUAUGUAAUAAUUUUUACAUAU